AUGGAAAAGUACCGAGACCAUCCUAACUGGUACUAUGCCGCAACGCAGGUCCGGCAUUUCGUGGACCAAUGCAGGGCUUGCCAGAACCCUGAGGCGAUAUUUAGAGAAGCGUUCGACAUGUUUUUCAGGCAGGGUAAUGUGGAAGCAUUGUCUGGGAUGCGCGUUGCAGCCACGGCAGGCCAUAUGGAAGCGUCAUAUCUAGUUGGACUACUUGGCAUGUCCGGAAUUGGUCAGUCAAAAGAGGAUGCAUUGGAAUUCUUGUGUUCUUUGAAUCAACGUAACAACAUUGAUAUGAAAGGAACCAGGGAUGCUUUGAGACGACGAUUAAGCGGAAUUUUCUCUGUUGGAAGACAUAUCGCUGGCCUAGUGAAGAAAAGAUCAAUCCUGCCUUCUGGACUUGUUGCAAUCGAUGCAAAUGGCACCGUGAGAGUGUUUUUUGGUUCAAGGUGA